CCGACGUCCCUUGAAACGCGUGCGAGUUCCAAGUGCGCCGCCUUUCCGCCCGGACCUUACGAGCACGUUUUUUUCCCUCUUGUCGUAUACCAUUCGAUCGUCAGUUCCACCGGCCGUUGCCGUCGUCCGUGAGCGUGUGCGUUUUCACUUUUCCUGUUUUCAUUUGUGCGAUGUACGCCACACUACAAAUCACGCGCCGCCAGUGGCAGUACUAAUUGCCGUUUUAUCGUGCACGACCACUAUAAUUCAUUCGGCCCGUCGGCUUACGGAUUCGCAAGUUUCGCGGAAAUGAGCGUCUUUCGCAAAAACCCCAAACGAUUACUAAACUAGUCGGAAAACUGAGGACAAACCGUAUUCCGUACAAAUCACAUUAUAUUUUAUUGCAAUAAUAUCAUACCCGACGUCGUUCAUCACAACUAUAGACGACAACUUUUUUUUCAAAAAAUAACACUCGUCGAUUUCACAGAUAUCCGCUCGGUUUUCUCCGGUCCCCGAUGGCGGACCGGCGAGUGACGUGGUACGCUGCCACGCUGUCUGCAAUUAUAAUUUCUGUCGCUGCUGGAAUAGGUAACAAAGGUGGUCUUAUCUUAACAAAAUUAAUCAUACCUCAAUGGGCGGACUUGAGAAGUUCAGUAACGUUGCACUGCCAAUUCAACACGGGCGGCGACAGUCUGUACUCUGUAAAAUGGUACAAGGACGAUCACGAAUUCUUCCGGUACACGCCCGGAUUGAAUCCACAGACGCUCGUAUUUGACAUGGACGGCGUAAACGUGGACGAGAGUAAGUCUUCCGCCUCUGAAGUGACGCUGUUUCCGUUGACCAGGUUGAGCAACGGCAAUUAUAAGUGUGAAGUAUCUACUGAUGCUCCAAAUUUCCCAACAGUCGUUGAAGACGCCAAUAUGACAGUCAUCGCAUAUCCAGAGGAUGGUCCGAGGAUAGAAGGACUCCGACAAAUGUACUCCAUAGGUGAAUUCUUAGAAGCAAACUGUACAGCCAAAAUGACAUUUCCCGUAGCAGAAGUCAGUUGGUUCGUCAACGACAUACUGGUGGAAAGUUACCUGCUCGAACGUUACAAUACCGAAGUAUCUGAAGGGCCGUUCUACAAUUCCACGCUAGGCCUACGGUAUCCCCUUAAAAAGGAAUGGUUAGAUAUGAACAAAAAACAAGUGGUUGUUAAAUGCACUGCAAAGGUAGGCAAAGCAGAGCCCAAGACAGACGAGACGAUUGUGCGGCUGCGACUCGUACCCGACCAGACACUGUCGCAGGAGAGACACAUUCUUAAUGCUGGUGCUGCCAUCAACAAUCAUUGUGUCAUAAUAUUGAUCAUAUCCGCUGUUUAUUAUUACGAAGUAUACAAUUAAAUUGAAGAUUUAAGUAAAAGCUUGCUUAAAUACCAAAGAUAAAAACACAUUAAAUUUAUAAUCAAUAAUGUGCAAUUAGAAUGAAAAACUUUUCUUUUUUUUUAUGUAAUAUGGCAUUUUUUCUUUGUUGUCACCUGGUUGUCUUGGACCCCACCACAUAAUAAUGGUCUGAACUUCAAAUAUAAAAAUAUUCCUUGUUUGGAGUGAAGUUUAUACACAACUAUGGUAUCCGUGGUAUCAAUUAGAGAGUUCGUACUAUUUUUUCAAAGAGCUUUUUAAACUUUUUAUAGAAAGUUCAGGCCUUUGUGUGGGACCGUUAAAAGACUCACCACCUUAUUAACCUUCAAAUAAUAAUAAUUCGGUUUAAAGUUUUUUUAAUUUUUUUCCACCAACGCGUAAAAAACAAAAACGUGUUUGAUGUAAGUUGAGCGUUAUAAAAAUAAUUCCAUAUUUUUCCAUUUUUUUUACCACGUUAUAUUUAAAUGUUUUGCAAUGAGCAAACACGGUGGUGCUGAUUAUCUCCUAUCCCUUUUUACUUUUCCCUACUUACCUCUAUACUUUCAUAAAAAUUAAUUCAGCAACUUAAAAGCUUCGGGGUUUGUAAGUACUAGUCAACAAGUGUGGCAAGUGUCUUGGUUGUCGUUUAUCUUUUGUGUAAAUACUAUUUAUCGUUGUUCCAUACAACUAGUUAUAUAUUAUAUUUAAUAAUAAAUUAUUAUAUAAAUAUAUGUAAUUUGAUUUAUAGUUAAUUGUUGUUACCUAUUAAAAAAAUGAUAAGUUAUACUUGUCCUUUACCAAUCAAGA